UUUCAUUUUUAUCUGGUCCGCGUAUUCUGUGGUGCAUGUGUACCUGAUUUACUGGUCUGCGUUACGGGUUUACAGCAGUUUUGAUGCAUGAUUUUUUUAAAAAGUAAAAUAAAUCUCAAUGGCAGACAGAGGAAAUAAUGAACAAUAAGAAGCCUCCCCCAAUGCACCCCCCACAUACACAUGCUAUAAUCCAGCUCUAAAAUUAAGCUUAAAUUCUCACUAAACUCUUACAACCUUUCUGCUCCGGCCCUAUCAAGUGAUAUCUGGCACCCAUUUUCAGUUACGAAAGUGCUCAAUAUUUGCUCUUCAGUGUUUGCAGUGAAUUCUCUGGGCAGUAGAAAGGGCUUCGCAGAACUACCUUAAACAACUGUGACAAAUUCAAUGGGCACAUUUAGCCAGUUCUCUCGAGCAAAGGCCUCAAACUGGCAUCUGUAGAGCACAGUUUGUUCCUUUAAAAAAAUGGAGAUGUUGGGUGUCUGAGAUGUAAAUGAAUGCCAUUGCUGCCUAACUUAUAGUCUGCCAUACACAUCUGCUCAGCAAGGUUUAUAGGCACUGUCCAUAAGUUCCACUUCUUUUAAAGAACAGCUAAGCCUAUUCGAAGCCUCAUCUCCAAACCUCUUGUGUCCCUGCCCCCUUUGCAAUAACUUUGCUUUUUCCAUUUUUACCCCGAGGAUGUAUGUUUAGACAGUACCCCUAAAUAGUACAGUGCAGGUGUACUACUGUUUCUGCUGUAUUUUUCUUAACAUUUUAGGGGUCUGUAUUUUUGAAUGCUUUGUUUUGUUAACUCCAGGAUCCCCCUGUAUACAAGAUGCCCCAAUCAACUUACCGAUGAGGGAUUAACAUCAUCUGUACGGAAGUGUAACCUCGUACGGCUGCAGGUUCAGAGCGUGGAGAAGCCGCUGUACCGGGGGACCUUUCACUGCUUCCAGUCCAUCGUACGGCAAGAAUCGAUGCUUGGGCUGUACAAGGGCAUCGGAUCUCCCAUUAUGGGCCUCACCUUCAUCAACGCCAUCGUCUUUGGCGUCCAGGGCCACACUCUGCGCAGGCUGGGCCAGGACACGCCCGCCCACCAGUUCCUGGCGGGGGCAGCGGCCGGCGCCAUCCAGUGCGUCAUCUGCUGCCCCAUGGAGCUGGCCAAGACGCGCAUGCAGAUGCAGGGCACGGGCGAGAAGAAGUCCAAGCGCAAGCUCUACAAGAACUCCCUGGACUGCCUGCUGCGCAUCUACAACCGGGAGGGCAUGCGCGGCAUCAACCGCGGCAUGGUGACCACCUUCAUCCGCGAGACGCCCGGCUUCGGCGUCUACUUCCUGGCGUACGACGUGCUGACGCGCUCGCUGGGCUGCGAGCCGGACGACCCCUACCUGAUCCCCAAGCUGCUGUUCGCCGGGGGCAUGUCCGGCAUCGCCUCCUGGCUCUCCACCUACCCGGUGGACGUGAUCAAGUCCCGCCUGCAGGCCGACGGGGUGGGCGGAGUCAACCAGUACAGCGGCAUCGGGGACUGCGUGCGGCAGAGCAUGCAGAGGGAGGGCUGGCGGGUGUUCACGCGCGGCCUCACCUCCACGCUGCUGCGCGCCUUUCCCGUCAACGCCGCCACCUUCGCCACCGUGACUCUCUUCCUCCUGUACAUGCGGGAGGACGAGGCAGGCAAGGACUGUGAGCCUGCCCCCAGGAGCCUCCAGCAGCAGCCCCAGGCCUCCAGCCUGUGAGUCCGGUGCCCCCUGCUGGGGGAUAGUCCCCCCACAGCUGCUAUGGCCAGGUUACUCCGCUCCCCGUCUCUCUCCGUUGCCUGAUGGAAUAUAUUUUUAUAAUACAUACAAAUAUAUAUAUAUGUGCAGACAGAGUGAACCUCUACAUAAUUGUGUAUACAAUGUGUCCACAAUUUCUAUUCUGGUUUGUAUAAAACUAGUCUUAGUUGUUGUUUUAUUUGGUUUUAAGGAGCCUUAUGUGAAUAUGUCUGGUGUAUAGUAAUAUUUUGCAGGCCCACUGAUAUGUGAAGAUAAUCAAAAGCCCACUCCCCUGCUCCCCCUGCCCUACCUGCUACUCCAAAAAAGGUCCUCUAAAAAGUGAAAUCACUGGCCAUUAUAUUUCUGGGUUUUUUCUGUUAUCUUGAUUAUCUCCUAACUGAUGCAAAACUGCCAUGCACAGUGACCAAGUCACAUGUCUGAAUGCAAGUUGCUUGACGUACAGCAUAAGUUUAACUGGUGAGUGUAGAGCAUAAGUUUAAUUGGUGUGGAGGAGAGGAGUUUGUAGUUACCUUUCUGGGGGAAAAGUAGCCAUCUUAUUAUGGUGAGAAAAAGCUCUGAAAGUAACAACAUUACACUUUGGAAGCCACAGGGUUUGCAUAUUUGUAAAUGCAUGUUUGUCUAUGAAGUUAGGUGAUGAAAAUGAGAAACUGUCUUUUUUCUUUUAUGAAUUCUUGCUUUAUUGGCAAACUUUUGCAAAAGCAUUAGUCUCUGGGAGAUUGGCACUGAUAAAUAUGCAGUCUCACAGUUGAACAAGCAACUUUACUUAACAGUGCUAUCCAAAACUAGAACUUUCUUUUCUGUACUUUAAAAAGUAAAGCAUCACUUUGGUGAUGUGACAUUCUGUUACCUGAGAGAGAGGGUCUUGUGUUUCUGACAUAAGUAUGUCCUGCAGAACAUCGACUGAGGCGUCCUUUUCCUGUAAGGAAAAUACAACCCAUUCUUAACGAUGUUUGACCAGGUGGCAGCUGAAGACUGUUUUGUGCGAUUUUAAAGAUGCCUGCGGUUCGAUGGCAUCUGGAAUGUAAAAUCCCUUUGCAGCUUGAGUGCACAUGUGUAGGAGCAGGUUUUGUGUGCGGUUCUCCUGUGCAGCAGUGCGCUUGGAGGACACAAAUGUUACUUUUCAGUCGCAGUAGCAGGACUUGUUGACCAAGAGCACAUCCUUGCACAUUUGCAUAUUUAUUCCCAGAGGUAUGCCUGUACAGUAUGUAUAUAAUGUGUAUAUGUAUCAUUAUAGGGUAACGGGAGUAAAUGUUAUUUGUUUUCAAUUGGAAUACAAUGCACCCCCCCCCCCAUGUUUAGAGGUCACAAUGAACUGAAUGCACUUCAGUCAGUGUUUCUUUGAAUUAUGUAACCACAAUACAUAUUUUAGAAUCAUUUGGUGCAAAUUUAUUGCUACUUGUGUUCUGAGGGAGUUUGGUUAGGUGUAUGAUGUUUAAAAGAAACUCUAACAGGCAUCAUAGCUCAUCACUUCUGUCAUUUUUCCAAAGCUAAGAAGAAAAGCGGUUGAAGUUGUUGAAAUGAGAUGUAAUGGAAAGGUGCAAUAUGUAUGGUGUCAGCGUGAGUCUUUUGUGCAUUUGGCAUGUAGUUUGUAUGGGCGUGAGGAGAGGGCAGUGUAAGAGGUGAAGGCUAUACUCAUAAAACGGUAUGGUCACCUGGCUGCAGUAUCCCAUAUUAAGUAGAGCUGGACUUGUUACUGAAGGGCUGGGGAUGACAGGGAGGCAACUGUCCUCAAUCCUGGUGGGUUUUUUAUGCCUAAAAAUGGGAAGUGCUUCCUGGUCCCUGGUGAGGUCAUGGUUCAGUCUACAGCAAUGACUUGAGUAUUGAUGAACAGGGUAAUAUCGGCAUGUGUAAAAUGUGGGAAAGAAAUAAAUAAUGGCUCUUAUCUGA